AUGAAAACACAGAAUGUAUUUCGUCAACCAACAGCGCAUGCAGAGACUGCCAGAGAGAUUGUCUAUAAAGAAGACAGAAAAAGGAUAUGUAACCACAUGUGCAAGAAUAAGGACAGAUGUGGCCAUGAAUGCUGUAAAACUGGAGUAAAAACUGCGCCAUGUUCAGGUACCGUGAAGAACUCGAAUAUUUCCUCAUACAUAUGUGAUCUUAGGACUAGAAAUGUAUCUUCAACAGCUCCUCCAGUUAAACGUUUGAAGAUGAAAAUGGAAAAUGAAUCUCGGACUCUAGAUUUAACACAAUUUGCUUAUACAGCAAAAGCAUCAGUACCUAUGGCACUUAGCUGUGAAAAAAUGACAGAGCAUUCAUCAACUCCAGCGCAAGACUGGGAUUAUCUAGAUGCAUUUGUAAGAUCUAGGCAGCAAACACAGUCGGACUACUAUGAAAAAGAUUUCUCAGCAUGGAAACAUUCAGCUGGACAUUCUCAGAGUGGCCUUACAGUAAAUGCACAGAACAAACCCAAUGAAAUCUUGAAAAAGAGCAAUACUGACCCAGAUGACAGUGAUUAUUGGUCAACAGAGUUUAUUAAUGUGACCUUUGAUUUAGGAUGUGAUGCAUGGGAUGAUUAUGAUGAUGACAAUUUAGUGCAUGCCAGCAGUAUUUCAGCUAUGGAUCCAAAGCCAUGUGCAAGGUCCAAGAAUGAUGUGCUCUCAGAUACUGCAAUAUGUAAACCUUUAAUGAAAGAAACACAGAAUCAGUUCAACUGUGAUGCUUCAGACAGGCAAGUUUCAAAGCAUAUCAUACUUCUGUCCCAUUGA